AUGUGUAGUCAGUUUCAGUCAGAAACUGAUACCGAAAUCUUUGCUCAUCUCAUUCAAAAUGCUCUAGAUAAAGCUACAGUUAAUUCUGAGUGUGAUUUUAUUGCUGUUGUGCAAGAAGCUCUUCUACCUAUUGAAGGUAAUUAUGCGUUAGGUAUUCUCAAUGUACAAUACCCUGACCAGCUUCUGUUUAUUCGUCAAGGUAGUCCUCUUAUUAUUGGUCUAGGAGAUGAUGCUUGUUUUGCUGCAUCAGAUAUACCUGCAAUUCUGAGUUAUACACGCAGAAUGCUAGUCCUUGAGGACGGUGAUAUUGCUCAAUUAACUCGGAAAGGCGUUCUAGUCUAUAAUUCAAACGGUGACGAAGUUCAGCGUCCAAUUAGUACUAUUUCUUGGGAUCCCAUUCGGGCAGAGAAGGGGGGGUAUCCUCACUUUAUGCUUAAAGAGAUUCAUGAACAGCCCCGGGCUAUUUCAGAUACGCUUGCUGGUCGUCUUAGCUCAGAGCAGGGUCGUGUUUAUUUUGAAACAGCAUUUGUUCCAGACGAUAUCAUCCUUAAUAUUGAUCGAGUUUUGAUUAUUGCUUGUGGGACAAGUUUUCAUGCUGGUCUGACAUCUUGCUAUGAUUAUGAACGUAUUCUUGGUAUUCCUACUUCUGCAGAGUUUGCCAGUGAAUUUAGGUACCGUAAUCCUAUAUUGAAUGAUAAAACACUUGUUAUUGCUAUAUCUCAAAGCGGAGAAACAGCUGAUACACUGGCUGCUGUUGACCUUGCAAAACAGAAAGGCGCGACAGUUUUAUCUGUAUGUAAUAUGAUUGAAUCAACUAUUGUUCGUGCUAGUGAUUAUGUCAUUUAUACACAUGCAGGACCAGAGAUUAGUGUGGCUAGUACUAAAGCUUUUGUCACACAGUUAGUAAGCUUACAAUUGAUUCUGCUUUAUAUAGGAAAAAAUCGUGGUAUUCUUCGCAAAAAAGAAUUACAGACGUUGACUCAAGAUUUACUUCACCUUCCUACGGUUGCCUCAAAUUUAUUGUCCUCUGAGCAGCAGAUACAGCAUAUUGCUCGUAGGUAUGCCUAUGCUCAAAAUAUGCUAUAUCUCGGACGAGAUAUUCAUUAUCCACUUGCUAUGGAAGGUGCUCUGAAACUAAAAGAAAUUAGUUAUAUUCAUGCAGAGGCUUACCCUGCAGGUGAAAUGAAGCAUGGUCCAAUUGCGCUUAUAGAUAAAGAUGUACCUGUCUUUUUUAUUAUUCAUGCUAGCUCUGUACGUGAAAAAGUUAUCGCUAACAUGGAGGAAAUUAAAGCAAGAGAUGGCAAAAUUAUUGCUUUAACUUUACCGCAAGAUGAGGAGGUAAAAAGGGUUGCCGAUCAUGUAAUAGAAGUCCCCAGUAUAAGUCCCCAUGUAGACUCUAUUUUACUGUCUAUACCAUUACAGUUAUUUGCUUAUUAUGUUGCUGUUCACCGAGGAACUGAUGUGGAUCAACCACGUAACCUUGCUAAGAGUGUUACGGUGGAAUAA